ACCCACACUUUUUCCUCUUUCCCAAGAAAAAAAACAAACCAUCUCUCUCUCUGCGACGAUGAUGAUGGCGGCGGAGCAAGUGGAGAUCGUGGACAACGGAGAGAUCAUCGAUUCACUCUCCCACCACACCUCCGGAGAGUACUCCUCCUCAACGAUUCUUCUCCGCGAAGACAACGCAGAACACGACGUCGUCAAGAACUGUUUCCUCUCCGGAAUGGGCACUCUCCACGCGGCAGACACCACCAUCGUCUCCGUGCGUAAAACCUCCACGCAGAGAAUCACGACCAAGGCGAAGCUCGCAGCCUCCAUCGUCUUCGCGGAGGCUAUGAAGAGGAAGAACGGCGGAGACGCCAACGUGAGGUACGGAUGGUACUCAGGUGGUUCCAAGGAAGAGAUCGAACGCAUCGUCUCGUACGGGUUCAGCAGCCGCGAGAUCGAGAAGUUCGAGAAGGACGAUCGUUCUCACGGCGUCGGGAUCCAUUUUCUUCAUCACACGUGCUCUCUCGCUGCGGCUGUACUUGGUGAAGCUGACGAGGAAGGGAUACAACAUCUUCUCUUGUGCCGUUUGAUACUUGGCAAACCUGAGAGAAUCAUCUCUGGAUCUAAGCAAUCGCACCCAAGCUCGGUUCAGUAUGAUUGUGGUGUGGAUAGUCUCGAGAAUCCGAGGAAGUAUGUGGUAUGGAGCUGUAACAUGAACUCUUACAUCCUCCCGAGUCACGUCGUGAGUUUCAAGUCUCCUCGGCUUAGAGGUCUUAGUAGAGGUGUUGGUGGUUUGGGAAGGGCGAGGUCACCAUGUGUUAGCUUCCCUGUACUCAUGUCCGUACUUUCAAAGUCGCUCGACCAUCCAAGAAUGAAUGUGCUCAUGACAAGUUAUGAUGAUUUUCGGAAAGGGAAGGUGAGGAGAGAGCAGCUCGUUAGGAAGAUCAGGGAAGUGAUUGGGGACGAACUUCUUUUGGAUAUAAUCAAGAAUCAUAGAAAUUCAGACUAGUAUUUUGAGCAAUAGAAACUGACGUCGAAGAUUUACCCGAUUAGGCCAAAGUUAAAGCAAGGCAGGACUUGACGAUGAUGCAUAAUUGGAGUAGGUUGAAAAUAAAGCAGGUUUUACACUAUAGUAUAUAGAACAUAUGAUAUAUAGUAGUU